AUGCUCAGACACACCGUACGAGCUACUCAGACUCUUCGACAGGCUCGAAACGUUCGAUUCGGCUCCCACGGCCACGGCCCCGAGCUGACCCCCGCCGUCCCCUUCUUCCAGCCCUACGUUCUCAAGUGGGCCGGCGUUUCUCUCGGUCUGGUCGCUUUCUACCAGUUCAACUCGUCGUACGAGGCAAAGAACGGACACACUUGGGUCGAGACCUUUUUCCACCCCAAGAGCCGAGAGGACAUUCUCAAUGAGGAGGCCAAGAUUGUGCAGGCUCUCAACAACCAGCGAGAGCUGACCAUCAAGAUGCACGAGCUCAAACGUGAGGAGAAGGACUAUGCCCACAGCUACUCCCCUCUGUUCAGUGACCCCGUUCCCCAGGGUGGAUCUAUCGGCAAGGCUCCCGGUUCUUCCCGAGAAUAA